AUGUCCCAACUCCCGGAACCAACUCACUUCCGCAUCCGCUUCCUGCCAGCUGUUAUAUGCCUGAAUUCUCUCUUUGAUUCUUCCAGAGAGUAUGGUUGGGAUGCAUCUAUCCUGAUGGAGCCAGACUGCAAACGGCGGAAGACGAAGGAACCGAAAGAUGCCUGCUCUUGGCAAGUGGUACCAGUUCUUUCCGAGAGGGAAUUGCAGAGUGUCACGUUAAUGCCAGUCUACGCUGCUGCUGUCCUGGACAAGAAGGAGGCAUCACGCUUGGUGAAGGAGGUCUCUGCCAUCUACCCGCUGGGUGACUACUCGCACUUGAAGCGUGUCCGAGCUUGCGGUUCCGCAAAUAGUUUGCACUCGCUGGAGAUGAUCCUGUGUCUGGCGGACGGCAAAGGCAAGGCUUUGAGGACAGUUUCUGAACUCUUCCCCAAUAGCCAGCUGGACCUGUCUGGCUUGGGGGAACCUUUCUUGACCCAGGUGCCGCUCAACCCGCCCUUGACUCGACUCCAGUACGAGGAAGCUGCCUCCCACUGGCCGGUCACCUUCCACGAAAACAAGCGCAUCAGCCAGGCCUUGAGUGGGUGUCUGUUCACUGCGUCGGAGAAGGCCUCCAUGCAAUGCCACAUGGAGCUGGCCAUCCAAGCGGCGCAGAGGGGGGCGAGGCAAGGAAUGAGGCCGGUAGGGGCUGUGGUGGUCGACCCAGCCACUGAGAGAAUCCUGGCAGUGGGACAUGACUGCAGGGAUGGCGUCAACCCUCUGCUCCACGCCGCCAUGGUCUGCAUCGACCUGGUGGCCUGCGGCCAAGGAGGAGGAGCGUACCGCUACCAAGAUUAUCCCGGCUGCACCUUCCUCCCAUUGGCCGAUAGCUUGGACCAAUCCUCCUCUUGCACCGAUGGGCUACCGUACAUCUGCACUGGCUAUGACAUGUACUUAACACGGGAGCCUUGCGCCAUGUGCGCCAUGGCGCUGGUGCACUCACGCAUCGAGAGGGUCUUCUAUGGGGCCCCAUCCCCACAUGGAGCCUUGGCGACCAAGUACCACAUCCACAGCCGCAAAGACCUUAACCACCGCUAUGAGGUUUACCGGGGCAUUUUGGAGGACCAGUGCCGUAACUUGGCACAGAUUUCCAUUCUUGAGUAA